CAUAGGUGCAGAUCCUCUGAUGCUGACAUGUUUUUAAACGACUUUAUCCUUUUAUUUCGAUAUAUAUGCAAGUAUCCAGCGGUCGGAGUGGUCGCGUUUGUUCGCCGGAGCUGUCGUCUGCUGCGCUGUUUCUGCUAACGCUCCCGGAAUUCGCUCUCCAGGCUGGAUUCCCGCUGCAGGCACCGAAAAGUUUGAGCUCCAUCAUUCCAUGAAAAUGAAGCGGCAGGCCGGGAGAGAGACUAGUCCGUCCAGGGCCAUCGCUAAGCGGAUACGGGAAAGGGAGCGAGAGAGUGCGCGGAGAGAGGAGCUGCCGCCGCCGCCGCUGGCUCUGCUGCUGGCGGAGAGCCGCGGGUAUCACCGCCGGAGCCGGAGCAGGGAGCGAGAGAAGCCGCGGCUCAGGGAGGAGCGGGCGGCCGCCUUGGAGCUCCACCACCGACACGAGCUCAGCCUCCUCGGUCGUCCGCCGCUGCGGACCACGGCGGCGGAGCUCCCCGCCGCCAGGCCGGGCACUCUGGAGUACAAAACGCUGCUCAUCAGCAACCUGGGCUCGCAGGUGUCGGACGAGGACGUGGAGGACGCGUUAUUCCACGAGUUCAAAAAGUUCGGGGACGUCAGCGUGAAACUGUCGCACACGCCGGAGCUUGGCCGGAUCGCCUACGUGAAUUUUCGGCACCCGGAGGACGCCAAGGAGGCCAGGCACGCCAAAUCGUCCAGGUUAGUUCUGGGUGAUCGGCAGCUCAAAAUUGAACCCAUGUACGUUCGGCGGCGGAGCGUUACGCCGCCGGACGUCGGUUAUCUGCCUCUGCACGCGCCGUAUCCCUACAGACAGCGGUCCCUGUCCCCGCCGGGGCCCGGGGUGAGCAGCAUUAGAGACCUCAGGGCGAGACAUUACGCCCUGGAGACCCUGGGUCUCAGCAGAGAGAGGGAGAGGCUUUUGGAUUAUUAUGGCAUGCUGGAUGAGAGGGGUCGGCCCUAUGGCUUCCCUCCCAUGCCGGUAGUGGAGGAUUUAAAACCUGAGGAUGAUCAGAGGGCGACCAGUAACCUUUUUAUUGGAAACCUGGACGGUAACGUCACAGAGGCAGAACUGAGGAGGGGUUUUGACAAGUAUGGCAUCAUUGAGGAUGUUGUGAUUAAACGCCCGGCUCGUGGACAGGGUGGGGCAUAUGCUUUUGUGAAGUUUCAGAACCUAGACAUGGCCCACCGGGCCAAAGUGGCCAUGCAGGGGCGGCUGAUCGGCGGCAACCCCAUAAAGAUUGGUUAUGGCAAAGCUAACCCCACCACACGGCUGUGGGUGGGCGGUCUUGGGCCUGGAAACUCCCUCGCCGCCCUCGCUCGGGAGUUCGAUCGCUUUGGGAGUAUAAGGAACAUCGACUAUGUUAAGGGGGACAGUUUUGCUUACAUCCAGUAUGAGAGUUUGGACGCUGCUCAGGCCGCCUGCACCCAGAUGAGGGGGUUUCCUCUCGGAGGCCCCGAGCGGCGGCUGAGGGUGGACUUUGCUAAAGUGGAGGAGAGCCCCUCUCGGCCGUUUCCGCCUGGUUACCAGCCCCCUGUCGCGCCCCCGUCCCACUAUGAGCUCCUCGGGGAGACCUACAGCCGCCAUCGCAGCCUGGAGCGAGAGCUGAGGGGAGCCAGAGACCGCUCGUCGCCUCCCUCCCACAGCCUCCUCACCCAGAGGGAGAGAGACAGGGCCCUGGUGGAGAGAGACUAUGCCACCAGCCCCACCCGCAGCUUGGAGAGGAGAGCGGGGGGAGUGGAGGCAUUUGGGAGGGGUGGGAGAGGAGCGAGGAGCCGCAGCAGGAGCAGGGAGCGGUGGCUGAAGGAGAGGGAGGAAAGGAGGAACAGGAGGAGGAGCAGGAGUCCGUCCACUGAGAGGCCGACAGAGGAGAGGGAGAGAGAGAGAGAGAAGGAGAGGGGGAGGUCGCGGGUUCGAGGCCCGGGAGGGGCUGUCUCUCCUGAUGCCAGUCCAGACCGCGCACGGGUUCGAGCUCCGGACUCCACCACGGAGCCGAGAGACCACUCCCCUGACAGCGGCGUGUGGGGGCGACACCCUGCCACCACCGAGGAAGAGCCGCCAUCUGGCCGCCACCACGGCAAGAGGUCCUCCAUCGAACAUCUCAACAACCAUCACCAUAGAAACAGCGAGGUCACUGCCGCCAGCUCUCCUGUGAUCCACACAGACACACACACCUCCUCCUCUCCCGGCACGCUGUCCGAGUUCGCCCAGGCCUCGCUCUCCAAAACGUGGCACGGCUUCUUCGCGCUGAAGAACAGCAGUUUCCCCACUGACCUGUACAUGCUGGAGGGGGGCUCCUCGUUCUUCAACACGGUGAUGAAGGACAGCCUGAAGCUGCAGAGCCAGAACCAGCCCAGCCAGCUGAAGAUCGCCCAGAGGCUCCGCAUGGACCAGACCCGACUCGAUGAGGUGUCGCGCCGCAUUAAACUCGGGCGGCCCGACGGGUUCGCCAUCUUGUUGGCCAUCCAGGGCCCCGUCGACCGCCAGGCCCCCGCCCCCGAGCCGGGACUGCAGGUGCGCUUGCUCCGCCACCUGGUGACCUACCUGCGCAACAAGGAAGCGGCCGGAGUCGUGAGCCUGCCCGCCGCCAAAGAGGGAGGGCCGGGGGCAAUGCUGUAUGCCUUCCCUCCUGGGGAGUUCUCACAACAGUACCUGCAGGCCGCCAAAAGGACUGUGGGAAAUCUGGACGAGGAGCACAUGGUUAUUGUGAUCGUCACUGACACUAAUUGAUCGUAACGCUGCAGAGUGAUUACGUGUACAGACACUUAAAGGCAUGCACACACACACACACACACAGAGCGAGCUGAGACGGCGCUCUCGUGACUACAAAUACUUCCAUGUUUUUAGAAAGAUGCAUUUUAUGGUUUUAUUCAGUAUCUUAUAAAUGAAACACAGAAAACGACACUACAUGUCAUUUUACUCCCUCAUUUAUGACUUAACGUUGAACCUGUUGUCACAUUCACAGACGAAUGCGGAUGAUUUCCCGUGGCGGGCUUCUGAACUGGUCUGUAAAGAGAAGCGCCUGAAGGAGAGAGAGGGGGGGGUUAAAUGUAUUUGCCUGCUGCACAUACAGGCAGCACAGUUGCUUUUGUACUCUAAGCUGUAAUAUACGACACUAAAUCUGAGGGGUGUGUUUAUAUGCUUGUUUACUUUAUUUGUCUUUUGUUGGACUGUACCAAGUCAUCGUGUAAAUCCAGUAUCUGUGGGACGGGAGGUUUUUUACAAAGUGAUUGUACUGUAAACUGAGCGGGCAGUUUGUCUCCUCGCAGGUUGAGACUGUUGUGACGUGUUUUUUU